AAUUCCCGGAUUACAUAAACAAAUAUCUUGUAAUUAAUUGGUAAAAGUAAUAACAGAGGCAAAUACCAAGUCCCCCUCGAUACAUGAAAAUGACAUAAAUACCCCCAACAAACUCACCUUUCUCACAGAAAGUAGUGGGUAAAUUCGACAUUUACUAAAAACAAAAACCAAUAGUGACAAUCCACCAUGCGAAUCAAUUGACCCCAGCAGCAAUUAACGUUGUCCGAAUAUUUUUUUAUUCCUCCUUUAAACCUCCGUUGAACUUCACCCAUCUUCCCCAAUGUCUCUGCCGUUUCAUUUUUAACUUUUCUUUUUAAUUUUCUCCCGAAUCAAUUACUGAUUACACAGAGAUAGAUAGAUAGAUACACGCAGGUACUGUGUGUAAUUGUGUGUAAUUGUGUUGGAGAUGAUGAAUUGGAGGAGAGUAUUCAAGUCCCUCCAAGUGCUGUUGGCUCAUGGAUUGCUUUUCUCUUUCACUCUUAUUCUCUCUCUCAAGCUUCAUCACUCUCUUAAUUACUCUUGGUGGUUGAUAUUUUCGCCACUCUGGUUAUUUCAUGCUGUUGUGGCUAGAGGCAGAUUCUCCUUACCUGCCCCGUCGAUGCCUCAUGGUCGCUAUUGGGCACCAUUUCAUGCGAUUGUGGCUGCUCCAUUGCUUGUUGCUUUUGAACUUCUCCUUUGUGUACAUCUUGAGAGAAGAUACGCUGUAAAUUUGAAGAUUGUAUUCAUGCCUUUGCUAGCACUAGAAAUCGCAAUUUUGGUCGACAAUAUAAGGAUGUGUAGGACACUUAUGCCUGGAGACGAAGAAAACAUCAGCGACGAGGCAAUAUGGGAAACACUUCCUCACUUCUGGGUUUCGAUUUCGAUGGUUUUCUUCAUAGCUGCUACAGCGUUCACGCUUCUCAAGCUAUGCGGUGAUGUGGAGGCUCUUGGAUGGUGGGACCUCUUCAUUAAUUACGGUGUUGCAGAGUGCUUCGCGUUUCUUAUAUGCACAAAGUGGUACAAUCCCGCAAUUCACAGACGCUCCCAUCUCGCACGAGCAUCUUCAUCUUCCACGAGUAUUCGAUAUUUAAACUGGAGUAGUAACAACAUCUUGGAAUCUUCUGUGGAAGAUUCCCAAGAUAGCCGAUUGUGCAGUUUGCAAGAUAUCGGUGGCCACGUGAUGAAAAUUCCCUUUGUCGGUUUUCAGAUCAUGCUCUUCAUGUACUUGGAGGGAACUCCGCCCGGUGCUAAGUAUAUUCCGAUCCCGCUUUUGUUUUCUCCUCUUCUUCUUUUGCAAGGAGCUGGAUUUUUGUUUGCCAUGUAUCGAUUUUUUGAGAAAGUCAUGUUGGUAUUACACGAUGGAGUUGAUACAGGAAGUAGUUUUAGACUACCUGCAACUGCUUACGACUAUAUGGGAUUUCUGCGUCGUGGAUCGAGGUUACUAGGUUGGUGGUCAAUUGAUGAAGGAAGUCGAGAGGAGCAAGCUCGUCUAUAUUGUGCAUUGGAUUCUGGGUACAAUACAUUUUCACCUGAUACAGUAAAGAAAAUGCCGAAGGCUGAGCUCGCUAAGGAGAUAUGGAAGCUUCAAUCGGCACUCGCUGCACAAACCGAGAUCACAAAUAUUAGCCAGGAGGAGUUUGAAAGACUUCAAAAUGAAAAAAUCUUGUGUCGAGUUUGCUUUGAUGAACAUAUAAACGUAGUCCUACUCCCUUGCAGACACUACGUCCUUUGCAGUACAUGCUGCGUAAAGUGCAAGAGAUGUCCGAUAUGCCGUGUACAUGUUGAAGAGCGUAUAGUGGUACAUGAUGAUGUAUAGCUCGACUUGUAUAUUAUUAUAUAUUAUACUACAGUUUUAAGCAUCGAUUAGGUGGUGAUUUCGCAAGUUUUUUUAUUUCAUCGAAGUCACUACAGCGUCGUAUGUAAAUGUAAUUCUAUGAAUAUUAUUUUAUGUUAACAUAAUGUUUGGCUGAUUAGUUGGUUAAAGUUAGAAUAGUUUGUUGGAAUACUAUGAUUUAUACAUUUGUGUAUAGGCUUGUUGGUGGUGGUUUUAUUGUAGGAUUUUGUGCAAUUGGAUGGAAUAUUUUUUUUUUAU